AAAGUACGAGUUAACAGAAAAUGGUCGUCUGAGGAGACUCACUUUCAUUUCAGAUCGGAGAUGAUAAAUGAUGAUUUUGAAGAGUUGAAAUCCCUGCAGUUGUUAAAAUGGCACAAUUAAUAUCUCACGUAUUUUGUUUGUUAUUAGUACUGGAGGUUUGUAAACCAGCGCUUACUGACAAAAAAGCUAUUGAAGAUGGAAGUGCUGUUUUAUCUGAGGUAAAGAAGACUGUACCCAAACAUCUGAAAACUGAAUCCAAAGCAAAAGAACUCUUGCAGAAGAUGCAAACAAAUCCUAGUAGAGAUGAUCCAGUUUCUCUUAAUAAGGAUUCGAAGUUGAACGCAGCUACACCAGAGCAAGCAAGUCAACAAUUUACAAGGCAACUCCCAAAGUUCAUUACAAGAGUAGUACUUUCCCAGAAUUCGUCUAGAACAAACAAUCUGAACAAAUAUAGAACUGCAUCUCCAGAAAAAUCGCUACCUAUUGUGGAAGGCAUUUUAAAGGUACAGGCAGGUGCGUUAAUACCGGGUGUAAAGACCACAGAAUCUGAGAGAAAAGGGAACUAUACAGUUGUCAAGGAUAUUGAGCGAGAUAGAAAUAGCAGUGAUGCAAUUCAAGCUGCAGCAUCAGAACUAUCAAAACUUUCAACAGUUUCCACAAAGGAAAAUAAGAAAACUACUCCAGUUGUGAAGAAAGUUGCUGAUGUUGUUAAGAAUGUAGGUCGGACACCUGGACCUUUGCUGCUUGACCCGGAAGACAAGACAGCAGAGGACGACCUGUUUGGGGAUGAAAAUAUGCAGUCAAAGGAUGGUGAUGAUCAGCACCAUGAUGAUUAUGAGCGAGAGGAAGAUGACUGGUACCAGGGUACAGAUAUUCUGGACAGUAAGGACAAUUCAGAUGAAGACAAGGAUGACUGGGACUUUUGGAAUGAUCAUCAUGAGAUUGUAACAAAGAAAGACGUCAAUGUGGCAGACAAAUUUGGAGACUUCUGGGAUGAGGAGAGCUAUGCUCAUGGUGUGUACUUGAAAGAGAAGAUUGUUACAUCCCCCGUGGUGCGUAAUCAUCGAAGGAAGCUGAGGACCGAUGUCAGUAUGAUGACCCUAUACAGCUGGAUGUUGUUCAUCUCCAUGGCAAUGCUGGUGUUGUAUGUCUUUUACAAACAGAAGAAUGUGUUCAAACCCUAUUGGUCGUAUCUGAAUCAUCGUACAGACGAGAGACGGUUGUCAUCUGAAGAACCAUCCGAGGAGAGGAGGGCCUUUAUUAACCACGCCUACUCCUAGAACCCAGUUUCCACUGUACAGCACGGGAAAUCUCCAGUAGUUUAGAGGGUUUAUUAUGAAUAAUCUCAUCAGUCGCCAGUUUUGUGUGAUGUUGUUAUUAUGUAUUCACUUGUUUCCUGACGGUGAAAUGACUUGGUUGUUUUUCUUUUAGUAGUUUAACCAAUUAGCAAAUGUUGCCACUAUUUAACACAACAAUUAAGCUUUUUAAUGGUUUACUUUUGUAAGUCCCAUUUUUUAUUCAUAUUUUUCAUAGUGUUGGGGUAUGUUUUGUAUGUUAAUUUUAAGUCGGUGCUGUUUUCUGUUCUUCAUUUUUAUUCUUUUGAUCAGACAUAUUUUUGUCUCAGGUUUUUUUUUUUUUUUUUUUUUUUAUAUUUCUCCCAUGAUUUGCAUGAUCUUUUAUUAUAGACACAGGAAGACGUUCACCGAAAUUAGUUAACAAAAGUCAGUGUCGAAUUGGUGCUUAUAAAUGGGGUGUUCAUUAAUGCAUUCAAAUUAUACUUAUUCUGUUGAUCAGAAUAUGCAGUGAGAAAAAUUUACUGCAUAUGUGCAUACACAAACAAUUUUCAUUGGAAUUUCCAAUGUGAAUAUGAACAUACUCUAUAAAUUGGAGUUUUGAAACAAUGGUCAGCUUGAAUUUUGUCAGUAUUAUUGAAGAAUGAGAAAAAAUAUUAUCUUUUUAGCAAUAAUGGACAUUACAACGAAUACAUUUUGAUUUGAAAAAUGUGUAUUGGCGUUAAUGUCUUCCAAUACAGUUUGUUUCCCUGACUUGUAGCACUAUACAUGUACUUAUAUUCAUGUGCCACAAUAUUUUUUUGCGAAAGUUUGUUUUUAUUUUGUCUGUGUCAUAUAUAAUACAUGUAAUAUACUUGGACUUCAAGAAUAUUUGGCACAUAAUUGAUAUUCUUAGGUUCUGCAAGAGUCACUUCACAUGUCCAAUUUUGUAGGUAAAUUGUUAUAUAUAUUUCACAAAUGUAUGUUGUAUUACUAUGGUAACCAAGAUGUCAGUAGACAAAUGUUGGUUGUCAAGAGUUUGUUGUUACGAGUAAUGAAUAAAAAUGAAAUAGUUUUGUUUUUUAAAAAGGGUGAAUUUCCCAACAUACGAAUGCUGGACAACUCGCCCCCAAGACAACUCGCCCUCAAGACAACUCGCCCCCUCUUAGGACAACUCGCCCUCUCUCAGGACAACUCGCCCCCUUCUCUUGAGGCAACUCGCCCCCAAUAUUAUAUAUAAAUAUAUUAUCACUUUUUAUUUUGUGUGUGUGUGUGUUAUUUACACUUUUAACCCUAUAAAGAUACGUCUUUUUAUUUCAUGGUAAAUUCUAAUAGAAUUUUACACAGAUUUGAUAUUGCAUUUCAGAAAAAGUUAUAUUUUUCAUAAAUCAAUUGGCAAGGAAAAUUAUAUUUGCUGAUCUUUAGGUAAUUGAUUAAAUGUCUCCAAUACUGAGAAAAUUUUGGGGUUUUUUGGGGGAGGGGGGGGGGAGGUGUGAGUGUUUGUUUUUUUGUUUUUGUUUUUUUUUAUCGAUAUAGUAUACAUAAGUGUAAAGGUGAAGCAUGAAUGUUCUGAUACAUGUAAUUAUCUUUUAAUGCGUUUCUCAACUAAUUCCCGUUGAAAAAUAAUAAAAUUCCCAUUUUAGAAAUUUUAUAACAGCUUUGCUUUACUGAUUCUUUUUACGCGGGGUGAUUCUUUUUACACGGCGAUUUCAAAGUGCAAAGAACUCUGUUGAUGAGUACCUCAUAACGUUUGAAGUAAAUUUAUAACAGCUUGGGGGAAAUCAAACAAAUUAUUAAAAAUGAAAUCAAGCAAUUAGAUUUAACAACAGACGCAGAUUAUUGAUAAUUAUACUACGUCAGCUGUAGACCAAGCUAAUACUCUCCCUAUACCAAACGCUAAAUUGUUUCCAGCUGAAAUUAUAUAUUUUACAUGUAAAUAAAAGUGAUGAUGAAUUUACUGAACCCAAACAAUGGAUUUUUACUAAAAAAAAUUUCGUCUUGCAUAAAAAGACACGAAGUUUGGUGUUUAUGUGAACACGUCUUAUUGUCUGUGAUGUAUAUACUAUCUACAUGUAUAAGAAAUUCAUUAAAUUUAUUGAGACCAAAAAUAAUAAUUGUAAACAUGUAUGAUAUGAAGGAGCGAGAUAUCUCAAGAGAGGGGGCAAGUUGUCCCAAAGAGGGGGCGAGUUGUCCCGAUGAGGGGGCGAGUUGUCCUGAAAAAUGAAAAAAAAAAAAGUUUGUAACUUUUCCCUUCAUGAACACCCAUAAUACUUUAAUUACCAAUUUUAUACAAAAUUAUGAUAUGAAGACUAGAAAUCUCUCGAAGAAAAUACAUAUAAAAACCACUUUGAUUGUCAAAAUUCUCUCUCACUCAAACACACACAUCAGAAACAUACAAAUAAAAAUUCUAGAUUCUGAACCAUUGAGAUACAGUCUUGACAGAGGCUUAUAGUUUGACAAGAAGUUGGCCAUAUUUAGUUAAGCCCAGGUUUGUUUUUUGCACGUAUCCCCUAUACAACCUGAUCUUGCCACAAGAGUUGCAUAUAUAUCAUAGAAUUCAGCAAUGUAUUGAUAAUACAAGAAAAAAUUUAUCAACAGAAAAUGACACGUCAUCAUAUAACACAGGACAAACAUGAACAUAAAGAACGUAGGACUUUAGAAAACUAUUCAUCUUUAGAAGUAGUUUGACAGAAUUUAAUACUGUGAGAAAAAUGGUAAAUUUGCAUUCAUUUGACUUUUUAUACACCAGUCUUUAGACGGGAAGUAUUAUGGUACAGCGAUGUCUGUCCGUUCAGGGUUUUCUGUUUCUAAUUUCAUUUCUCUGUCACAUAUCAAGCUGAAACUGGCUAUGGAGCUUCUUUGUUGAUCUUGUUUGUUUCAGUUUAGAUCCAUUUCGACCUAUCCUGCAGGAGUUUUGCCCCUUUAUUUGAAAAUUAUUGUUAUGAGGAGGGUACAUAAAUUGUCCGGCUAACUCCUCCCACAAUUUUCAAGGGAGGACCAUCUUGUUUUACAAAGUGUUUAUAUAGUAUUGAAGAUGUGCAUGUGGCAAGGAUUUUGAUUUCCUUCAAUUUUUGAGAAAAUUACAAGUUAUUGAACUUUGUCAGUUUUGAGGAAUUAUUACAUAAAGAGUACAUGAUUCGGCCGUUUUCCCUUCCACAGUUUUCAAGUGAGGACCUUCUUAUUUAACAGAGUAUUUGUAUGGGUAUGGAAGAUGUGCAUGUGGCAAGGACUUUGAUUUUCUUAAUUUUUGAGAAAAUUACAGGUUGUUGAACUAGUCAGUUUUGAGGAAAUAUUGCAUAGAAUGUACAUGAUUUGUCUUUUAUUUUUUCCAUCAGAUUCUACAAUUUUCAAGUGAGGACCUUCUUAUUUCACACAGAAUAUUUGUAUAGGUAUGGAAGAUGUGCAUGUGGCAAGGAUUUUGAUUUUCUUAAAUUUUUAAGAAAAUUACAGGUUGAACUAGUCCUUUUUUUAAGGAAAUAUUCAUAUUAUGUAAAGAAAAUAUGUCACAGCCUGAUGAUGGCUGAUACUACCUGAAGCAAAAGUUCUACAAAUUAUGGCUUAAGAAAAACACCCUAUGUAAACAUUUUCAUGGGCGUAUUAUGUACUGUUUGCAGUACUCUUGUUCCAGAUUAUUUGGUGAUUAUAAAAUCUUAGAUUGAAAUUAAUAUCUUUUUUUUCUUUACUGUUUUUAUAUAUGAUUUAUCUAUUGUUUUGUUAUCAUUUAGUAUAUAUAUAUUGUGAAUUCUUGACAGUUAAGGUAUCAUACUGGUAAUUGUCCAAUCAAAAUGAACUUAGUCAAUUGUAGUUCCAUAUAUUUAAAGAAAUAUUUUUUUUCCUUGCGCGAUUUUUCUCAUUUCCUCUUCUUUUCUCUUAAUUUUUGUACCCCUGAUUAGGAAAUUUUGUAGAAAUAAUCAAGUGUAUACAAAGGAACUAUUUGCUGUUGGUAGCUGAGGCUACUUCCUGAGGUGCACUCUGGCUGUUUACACACAUGUGAAAAACACGUGGAUUUGAGGGUAGUCUUGUUUGCGGGUAAUUUUUUUUCGAAAAUGCCGCGUAGGGUGUUGUUUUUCUGGUGUCGAGAGACGAGAUAGGUAACAUAGAACGUGUCUGACUGCGUUAUUCGGCAUCAAUUUUGUAAACUGAUUUUUAAUGAUUUUUCCCCCUCUAUAGUAAUAUAUAGUGAAAAUAAUUACCGGUGUGAUACCUUGAAGAUCUCUUGAUGACAUUGUUGGACAAUGAUAUGUUUAUUGAAUAAUUACAUAAACUAUUUAGAUGGCA